AUGGGAAAUAUUUGUUUUAAAGAAGAAUUUGUUUAGAGUGAUUUUGUUAAACAAAAAUUUGAUGAAGAUGAUCUCUAAGCAACAUCAGUCUAAAUAGAAGGCAGAGAAACAAAGUAAAAGGUCAAAUUAUCCGAUUUUAAGAAAUUAAUACCGCUUGGGUAGGGAGCAUACGGAAAAGUUAUGUUAGUUGAAUAUUAUAAAAAUGGAAAACAGAAGUUAUAUGCAAUGAAGAUAUUAGAAAAAAAAAAUAUAAAGAAGGAAUCAUAAAUUAGGCAUGUAUUUGAUGAAAGAAAAAUAUUAGAGAAGGCAGAUUCAAAUUUUGUUGUGAAGUAAUUCUCUUUAUUUCGAUUUAUAGACUAAGGUAUGCAUUUUAAAAUCAUGCUCGCCUUUAUUUUAUUGUUGAUUAUAUGGCUGGAGGAGAUUUUUAUUUUCAUAUAAAAUCCCAACCAAGUGUUCCUGAUUACUUUAUAAGAUUUUAUUCAGCCGAAAUAAUAUUUGGCUUACAACACUUACAUUCUUUGAACGUAAUAUAUAGGGAUCUCAAACCGGAAAAUAUUCUUGUUAGUGAAUCUGGACACAUCAAAUUAUCUGAUUUUGGUCUCUCUAAAAUUCUUGAAGAUGACAAUGAAAAGGCUAAAACUUGCUGUGGAACAAUAGAUUAUUUGGCUCCAGAAGUUUUAGUAAAUGAUGGAUAUACUUUUACUUGUGACUUUUACAGUCUUGGAUGUCUAAUUUAUGAGAUGUAUUUUGGAAAACCUCCUUUUUACAGUAAAGAUAAGAAGUAGAUGAUGGAAAAUCGAAUUAUUAAAUUGGUGCCUUUUUUAGAAUUGUGUUCGAAAGAAGCAAGAGAUUUGCUUACAAAACUUCUCGAAGUUGAUGUAUGAUAUGUUUAUGAUUACAUAAGCCAAAAAAGAGAUUAGGAAGAAAAGGAGCUCAGCAAAUUUUAGAUCAUGCUUUUUUUAAAGAUUUAGAUAUAAAAAAGAUGCAGGAUUUAUAAAUUUAGCCACCUAUUAAACUCAUAAAAUCAAAUAAUGUGGAUUAAAAAAUUUUAAAGGAUAAAAUGGCAAAGACUUAAUCGAAAAAAGAAAAUAAUAAAAUAUUUGAAGGAUUUACUUAUUUCCAGAAGGAAAGCUAAGAUAAUUGA